ACACGUCCCAGGAUGCCCCGGGGCAGGGUUAGGCCAGGAAGAGCCGGAGAUGGUCCGCUCUAAAUAGAGCCGGGUAAAGCAUGAAGCUGUACUGCUUGUCCGGGCAUCCGACCCUGCCAUGCAACAUCCUCAAGUUCAAAUCCACCACCAUCAUGUUAGACUGCGGGCUGGAUAUGACCUCUACACUCAACUUUCUCCCUCUGCCUUUGGUCCAGAGUCCAAGGCUAUCCAAGCUCCCAGGCUGGGUCUUAAAAGACGGAAGCACUUUCCUAGAGAAGGAGCUGAAAGACUGUUCUGGCCACGCCUUUGUGGAUUCCGUCCCCGAGUUCUGCCUGCCAGAGAUGGAACUGAUAGACUUGUCUACAGUGGAUGUGAUCCUGAUCUCCAAUUAUCACUGCAUGAUGGCCUUGCCGUACAUCACAGAGCACACGGGAUUCACCGGAACAGUCUAUGCCACGGAGCCAACCGUCCAAAUUGGAAGGCUUCUGAUGGAAGAGCUGGUUAACUUCAUUGAGCGGGUGCCGAAGGCACAGUCUGCCUCCUUGUGGAAGAAUAAAGAAACACAAAGGCUGCUUCCUGCUCCCAUCAAGGAUGCCGUCGAGGUGGCAACGUGGCGGAGAUGCUAUAAUAUGCAAGAAGUCAACUCCGCACUCAGCAGGGUCCAGCUGGUGGGGUACUCCCAGAAAAUAGAGCUUUUUGGUGCGGUGCAGGUUUCUCCUCUCAGCUCCGGCUAUGCGCUCGGCAGCUCCAACUGGAUCAUACAGUCCCACUACGAGAAGGUUUCUUACGUCUCGGGAUCCUCGCUGCUCACCACACAUCCCCAGCCCAUGGACCAAGCGUCUCUUAAGAACAGCAAUGUGCUCAUCCUAACGGGACUCACCCAGAUUCCCACGGCCAAUCCGGACGGGAUGGUGGGCGAAUUCUGCAGCAACCUUGCACUGACGGUUCGGAAUGGAGGAAAUGUGCUCGUCCCUUGCUACCCGUCCGGAGUGAUCUAUGACCUCCUGGAAUGCCUGUACCAGUAUAUCGACUCGGCCGGGCUCUCCAACAUCCCCUUCUACUUCAUCUCGCCCGUGGCCAACAGCUCGCUCGAAUUCUCCCAGAUCUUUGCCGAAUGGUUGUGCCACAAUAAGCAGACAAAGGUGUACCUGCCGGAGCCCCCCUUUCCUCACGCGGAGCUCAUUCAGACAAACAAGCUGAAGCAUUACCCCAGCAUCCACGGAGACUUCAGCCACGACUUCAAGCAGCCGUGCGUGGUCUUCACGGGCCACCCCUCACUGCGGUUCGGAGAUGUGGUGCAUUUCAUGGAGCUCUGGGGGAAAUCUAGCCUUAACACCGUCAUAUUUACAGAGCCCGACUUCUCUUACCUGGAUGCUUUGGCCCCGUACCAGCCGCUGGCCAUGAAGUGCAUCUACUGCCCGAUCGACACCCGGCUGAAUUUUAUCCAGGUGUCCAAACUGCUGAAAGAAGUCCAGCCGCUGCAAGUGGUGUGUCCGGAGCAGUACACGCAGCCGCCGCCGGCACAGGCGCAUCGCACCGACCUGAUGGUCGACUGCCUUCCCCCGCCCAUGUCCUACCACCGGGCCGAGGUGCUGGCCCUGCCCUUCAAGCGCCGCUACGAGAAGAUCGAGAUCACGCCGGAGAUUGCGGGUACAUUUUGGCAGAUACGUCCUUGUGGAUGCGGUCCUGUCUGAAGACCUUUCAAGCAGUGGCGAAAUUAUUACGCAUCCCUUUUUGCACAGACAAAGGGCAGCACAAAAAUACUACAUCCGCUCAUCAGUCACUGGGCGCUGCCAUGCGUCACGCGUCACAUCUUGAGCGUGGCGAGUGGCACAGAUAAGUGGCCGGCCGCGUCCCUCCGAGAAGUCCACAAGCAGCGCAUGAAGCCUGCCAGUCCCAGCCCUAACCCUCCCUCCGUCUCGCAGCAGCGACUUGCGAGACUCCACCCCAAAUUGCGCAUAGCUCUGACGCACCGUUAUUCCGUCCACUUCCAAGGCGCAAUGAGAGUUAAUGAAAGCAGUGGUUUGACCUCAUCUCACACCUUGGGGCUCGGCUUAAAGCACCCUUUCCCAAACUGAUAUCCUCCAAGCGCGUUGGCUUACAAUUCCCAGCAUCCCCAGCCAGGUUGCAGCACAGGCAAUACCACAGGUCAUACUCCAACAAGUUCGGAGGCAGCAGGAGGAGAAAGAAUCUUCUACUGACUGUUUAAAAAAUCUCUCCCACCCCAAAGAACCUUUUAUGCCUCUUUGCUCUUUGCAGCCAUCCGAGGGUUGGCGGGUUGUUGCUUAAACUGCAGCAUUUCAAAUACGCUCGGAGGCAGGUUUGUGAGCUCAGUAUGGAACUUGGGAAUCUCAGCGGUGCAGACCUGUGUCUGACGCUUCUCCCACUGGACCACUGUUUCACUGCAUUGUGUCUUGGAUGAAUUCUGUCGACAGGCAAACAAUGCCAAAGAAGAGGGGUGGGGGAAAGAAUGGGCGCCAGCGUUGAGCGAAGAGUUCAGCCACCCAGGUUUGACCUGCUUCCCCUCUUUCAAAGAGAAGACCAGCCAUAUCAAUGGAAUGUAGCUGGCAGCCAAGCGACUUCUACCCUCUGGCUUCAGGGAAGACGCUUCCUGGCUGAUGAUAGAUCUGUGGGUCCUGUGGUGCACCACGCGAGUGAUUGAAGGUGGCCACUCAGUAGAUUCUCCCCCUUUUUAAUGACUGGGCUGAGAAGCGGAUCUUUUUUUAUUUUGCAACAGCAUUUGAUGGUAGGUCGGAUCUUGCAGUCCACAGAAUAGGACCCCUGUAGAUCCUGAAGAUGAACCUCAAAUACUUUGGGCACCUAAUGAGAAGGAAGGCCUCCCUGGGGAAGAUCCUGAUGCUAGGAAGGAUUGAUGG